AUGAAGGAGAGCACCGUACCCAGUGUCUGCGUGCGCGAGCUUCGCGGGCAUCACGGCCCCGUCAAUGCUGUGCGCUUCAACUCCAAGGGCACGUACGUGAUGACCUGUGGUCAGGACAAGACGGUGAAACUCUGGAAUCCGCACCGCGCCAGCGUGGAGAAACCAAAUGAGGCACUACUUGUCAAAUCUUAUGAGGGAAGACACGGCUACGAUGUACAGGACGUCGCAAUAGCUCAUGACAAUUCCAAGUUCGCCUCGUGCGGUCGAGACAAAGACGUCUUCAUGUGGGACGUGCCCACUGCUAAAGUUAUCCGCAAGUUUGAAGGCCACGAGCAUAGUGUGAAUUGUGUGCGUUAUAAUACGGAUUCUUCUGUGCUGCUGAGUGGGUCGUAUGACAAGACCAUUCGAGCUUGGGACAUCAGAGCUCGAAAUGCUUACACUCCAAUUCAGAUUUUGGACGACUUCCGAGACAGCGUCACCUCGAUGGUAGUGACAGACCAUGAGAUCAUUGCAGGGUGUGUUGAUGGUGUUGUGCGCACAUACGACCUUCGAGCUGGACAGCUCUUCCGCGAGCAUAUUGAUGAACCUGUCACAUCAGUCGCACAUUCCGCCGAUGCGCGAUUCAUUCUCGCUGGAUGUCUCGAUGGCUCCGUUCGACUGAUUGAGAAGACCAACGGCACCGAAGUCAAGAGCUAUCGUGGACACAGCGUGCAAGACUACAAGAUCGAGUGCGGGUUCUCAAGUGACGGAGCCUUCGUGCUGAGCGGUUCUGAGGACGGGAAAAUCUACUGGUGGGAUCUCGUGGACGCUAAGCAUCAGCACUCGUUUGAUGCGCACAACAAGCCUGUUCGAGCACUCGCAUGCCACCCUGAGAGUAGCAUGUUUGUCACUGGCUGCAUCGAUGGCUCGGCUAAAGUCUGGGCUCACGAGUGA